AGCAAACGGGCGAAAAGACCUCAAAACCAACCACCACCGUCGACUCUCUCCUUGUCCUCUUCCGCAGUGUUUCACGAUGGCGCCUCUCGCAACUGCUUCCCGCCUGUGUGUGCGCUCGGCCGCCGUGGCCAAGCCCGCUGUGCGCGCGCUGAGCUCGACUGCUGUGCGCCAGGCCGACGCCCCUGCUCCCGGAGCAGCCUCAUACACCAGUCCCUUCAAGGGCGAGUCCAAGGCCAACAAGAUCCCCGACUUCAGCAAGUACAUGUCCAAGGGCAGCGAGACCUCCAACAAGCUCUUCUCGUACUUCAUGGUCGGCACAAUGGGCGCCAUCACCGCCGCUGGAGCCAAGAGCACUGUUCAAGAAUUCCUCGUCAACAUGUCCGCCUCUGCUGACGUUUUGGCCAUGGCCAAGGUCGAGGUCGACCUCAACACCAUCCCCGAGGGCAAGAACGUCAUUAUCAAAUGGCGAGGCAAGCCCGUCUUCAUCCGCCACCGAACCCAGGACGAGAUCGACCAGGCCAACAAAGUCAACAUCACUUCCCUCCGAGACCCCCAAUCCGAUGAGGACCGUGUCAAGCGCCCCGAGUGGCUGGUCAUGCUGGGUGUCUGCACCCACUUGGGAUGUGUCCCCAUUGGCGAGGCUGGUGACUAUGGUGGCUGGUUCUGCCCUUGCCACGGCUCCCACUACGAUAUCUCUGGCCGGAUACGAAAGGGCCCCGCACCUCUGAACCUGGAGAUCCCCGAGUACGACUUCCCCGAGGAUGACAAGCUUAUCAUCGGUUAAACAGCGCGAACUCUGUGCAAAGUCUGAAGGGGUAGAAAAGAGACGGGAGAGGAGGGAACUGUCCUGUCGCGGAAAAAAACGAUGUAACAGUAUCGAUGAAGAGGCCCUGCGAGAAAACUAAAUGGGCGAGGAGAGACAGCUCCCGGGGAAAUGAAAAAUUAUAAUUCGUCGUGGAAUUUAUCAGAAAAAAACCAUAGAUUCUCUCUGGGCGGUCAAAGUCUAUAGUGGGAUGGGAUGCGCUUGAAUGAAGGAGAGACGGGCGUCUCAUGUUGCUGGGAAUGGGACACAAAUUCCUUGUUUCUUAGACGUGAGCCAUGUGCAGCAUUGUAUAAAAUAAAAAUAUUAUACUAAAGCAGGAAGCUGGACUGAGAAGUGAAAUCUGGGACUGAUUUGCUUACAGACAAGAUAUUACAAUUUUGAGGCAUAUGAAAAUUAUUUCUUUUUUAUCUAUUCUUUCAUACCCAGAUAAUCCCCCAAGAAUCCUUUCUCAUAUAUAAUCACAAAGAUUAGUGUCCAUGGCCAUCAUCCUCCUCCAUCUGCUCCGGAUCCAGCUUAAUUAGCGUGUCAAUCCGCAUGAUGCUGAUACAAGCCUCGACCGCACUCUUCAGCUGUCUGACCUUGCUCAUGCUAGGCUCCAAAACGCCCAAUUUGAUCUCGUCAACGACCUUGCCCUUGGUGAGGUCCAGACCGUAGUUCUUGUAGCUCUUCUUCUUGGCAAUCGACUUCUCGUCCUCGUUGGCGUCGCCCUCUUGGACGCGCUGUGACAGGGCGUGUCUGGAGCGUAGUUGGGCGACAAGCUCAGCGGCGUCCUUGGCGGCGUUGAUAGCGAGGGUCUUGGGGAUGACGAGGAGAGAUUGGGCGAACUCGCCAAUGGCGAGCUGCUCGCGGGAUCCGACAGUGCCGGCGAACUCCUCAAGGUAGAUGUGCAGGGCGGUCUCGACGGCACCGCCACCGGGGACGAUGCUGCCACUUUCUAGCGUCCUCUUGACGGCGCACAGAGAGUCGUGGACUGAUCGCUCGAUCUCGUCCAGGGAGUAUUCGUUGGGGCCUCGCAGGAUGACGGAGGCGGAGGACUGGGCCUUGGUGCCCUUGAUCAGAAUGCACUCGUCGUCCGAGAUGCGCUCCUGGACAACCUCUUCGGCGUGUCCCAAGUAUGAUGGCUCAAACUUCUCGUCGCCAUUCAGAUCAGACAGUGUGCUCAAGAGGGUACCGCCAGUAGCCUUGGCAAUUCGUCUCAGAUCCUCCUUCUUGCAUCUUCUAACACCCAUGGCGCCCCUUUCGACCAUCAUCUUCAGUACCAUGUCGUCGAUACCCUUGGUCGUAAGGAUAACGUUGGCACCGGCCUUGAGGAUCAUCUCCACUCUCUCGAUAAUCAUGCCAGACUCCCGAGCACGGAUGGCCUCCAGCUGCUGGGGGUCAUCCACUGUGAUCUGGACACCCAGCUUCAUCCUCUCCUUUUGCAGAUUCAUAUCCAGGAUGGCAAUCUUGGCAUCUUGAACACGGGUGGGCAUAGCCUGAGAAGCAACUGUGCAGUUCAAAGCGUAACCCUUAAUCAGGACUGACUCGAGAGCGCUCUUUCCGUGCGCCUUGAGGAGGUUGACGGCCUUGACGGGAUAUUUGGCCUCGUUCUUGUUAUUGGUGAUCUUGACCGCCUGGAUGGCGUCGACAACCAGGUCCGCGAAGAAGUCGGAAUCGGCACCGAUGAUUUUGCUGGACAUGGAUGUCUUGGCAAUGUUCAGGAGAGAUUCUCGGCCGAGGUUGUCGACCUUGAUGCUGACGUUUUCGCUCAGGAAUUUGAUGGCCUCCCGCAGGGCAAGUCGGUAGCCGGUGAUGAUGGUGGUAGGGUGGAUGCGGUUCUUCAUCAGCUCGUUACCCCUUCGGAGCAGCUCGGCGGCGAUCAGAACAACUGAUGUUGUGCCAUCGCCAACCUCCUUAUCCUGCUGCUGAGCCAGGUCCACCAAGAUCUUUCCGGCGGGGUCUUCGACAUCGAGGAGGGUGAGGAUUGUGGCACCGUCGUUUGUUACCGUAACAUCGCCAAUAUCGUCAACCAUCAUCUUGUCGAGGCCGCUGGGGCCAAAAGAGCUCUUCACCACAUUAGCAAUGGCUUGUGUUGCCAGAACU